AUGUCAGCCAUGUCGAGCCUGGAACAAGAACGUAGCGACCGCGGACACCUGUCACAGCACAAGGUGUAUGGAUGGCUCGUCAACCAACAGCCUUUUAUACAGGCCGGCGCCAUGGCCAGUGUCGACUCACCAAGAUCCAUCCGGAUGAGCCCAGCCCUAUCAACAAGCACUCGGUCUAAUAUAUUCCAAACACCACCUAGACACUCCCAACAUCUCGAUAUGUUGCCACCUCUCAGACCUUCCAAACGCACCGCUUCCUACGGCGGACACCAAGAACAGGACCCCGAGAUUGACGACACCUCGGACAAAUUCCUUAGACGUAGCUUCACGCGCCUCCUCGAGGUGCGCUCGGCCAAGAGGCCCAGAAUCAAACCUCCUCCGCCACCACCACAGCCCCGACAACAGCCAACAAACAGACGAACCCGCAACGGACAACCAACCCGUUCUUCUCGACAGGUGUUACGAACCUCAGCUGUGCCAGGAAAUCUUGAGACUGCUGCACUUGACCAAGCCGCCGAAAAGCCUUUUCCGUUCCUCAAGCUUCCAUAUGAGAUUCGUGAAAAGAUUCUCCAGCACCUCCUUGUUUCCGACAAGCCAGUAUACGUCAAGCGUCUUUGGACUGAACAGGUCCGUUCCACCCGCCGCAGUACCCGCGGACGAGGACACUGGGGUAAUGGUAUGAGCGAGCACACCAUCGAAACGGCCAUCUUGCGAACAUCCCGUCAAAUGCUGGCAGAGGGCAGCUCGCUUCUAUACUCCCAGAAUCAGUUUGUUUACCUGUUGCGAGAUCCUGCCCAUGCCAAAGUCGAUUUCGCUUCCAUGAUUGAGGAGGUGCACAAGGAAUCCUUGGAGGAAAGCUUGGGUCGUGGCAAGCGUAAGCGUAAAGCAGCCUCCCAGUUCAACUCUGGGACCUACGGCUUACACGAGAUCAACAUCGCCAAAUACGGCCACUUGGUGCGGCACCUAAGCAUUGAGCUCGAGCUGAAUCGAACUGGCCAAGAGUACAGGGAACUAAUGGAGCGGGCACUUGAUGUCCUGGCCAGCUCCGACAGAAAGGGCACAAAAACCUUGCUUGCUGGCCAAGUGGUGAACGGGAAGACGCCGAAAAUCUUCCUUCAUACCUUAACCAUCACUAUAUCACCGGAGAACGACCAGAACCGUCGCAGUUCCAGGAGCUCUCCUAAUGGCAACCAAGAACCGACCUUUGCCUCGAGCGCUAUCGAGCUGUUUGGUAGCCGAUCACCAGUUAUGCAUGCCCUCUGCCGCAUCGACACCCAGUUCUUGAGAGUCAACAUGCAUGUUGACGAAAGCGCUAAUGAGGAGGAAGACGAAUUCGCGGUAAACGAUCACUUGAUGAAGGAACAGCGGGUCAAGCGGGGUGAAGAGGCCGAGGCAGCGCUCAGGUUUUUGAAGGAGCGCAUGUACGCGGGAUGCAGAGAUCCGGACCAGGCCGUCGCAGAUGGACUCUGGGAGAACCAUACCGCUGCCGACAUUCGUCGCAAAAACGAAAGAGCUGAAUUCGAGGCCCGUAUCGACGGCGUUGACCGGUCAGCCAGGGACGACGCUCAUGGUGAGGACGACGAUGAGGAAGAAGCAUCCUCUGAUGAAGAGGGCGAUGAAGAUGACAAUGACGACGAUGACUACGAUAGUCGUUCAAAGAAGAGGAAACAGCCGGCUCGCGGCCGUGGACGGUAUGAAGAUUCUUUGCCGGUUUCUGUAAGACGUUUUGCUGAUGUGUUGAUUGCUUGCAGGUCUUGA